UCCGGCCCGCCCUCUCGCCUGAGGCCGGGGGAGGACCCGACUGUAGCUAAAGCCUUGGAGUUCAGAAGCCUCGGCUGGGAACCCGCCCCGCCGGGCGUGGGCCCAGCGCUUCGUGGUCAAGCAGAGGUUGCUGCCAGAGGAUAUGUUCCCUCUGUCCCUUCACUUCCGUGAAACAAAGAUAUUCCUGAAUCACAAGACCUCCACACAUCCACUUCAAGAGUCCUGUGACCCAGUGACCCAAGCGAGGUUUCGUGGUGAUCUCACAGGAAGUGGCGUGUGACAAGUCAGGGGACAUCCCGUGGAGGCAGAAAGAAGCUGUGGUUGGCCAAGGCUGUUUAGCCUGUAUGGCCUUUACCUCAGUGCUGCGGCCAUGCCCACCUCCAUGCUGUGGGCAGUGGACCUCUUCGGGAGAGUGUAUACACUGUCAACGGCCGGUCAGUACUGGGAGCUGUGCAAGGAUGUCCAGUUGGAGUUCAAGCGGGUCAGUGCGGCCACUCAGUGCUGCUGGGGCAUCGCCUGCGACAACCAGGUCUACUUAUAUGUGUGCUCCAGCGAUGUGCCCAUCCGUCACAGAGAGGAGGCCUAUGAGAAUCAGCGUUGGAACCCCAUGGGAGGCUUCUGUGAGAAGCUCCUGCCAAGUGACCGCUGGUCGUGGAGUGACGUGAGUGGGCUCCAGCAUCGGCCGCUGGAUGGCGUAGCACUGCCUUCGCCAUACUGGGAAUGGGAGUCAGACUGGUACGUGGAUGAGAAUUUUGGAGGGGAGCCCACCGAGAAAGGGGGGUGGACAUACGCUAUGGACUUCCCUGCUACCUACACUAGAGACAAGAAAUGGAAUUCAUGCGUGCGAAGGCGGAAGUGGAUCCGGUAUAGGAGAUACAAAUCCCGGGACACCUGGGCCAAGAUCCCCUCAAAGGAUGACCCCAAGGAACUCCCUGACCCCUUCAAUGAUCUGUCUGUAGGAGGGUGGGAGAUCACAGAAGAACCUGUAGGCCGCCUGUCAGUGUGGGCUGUAUCCUUGCAGGGGAAGGUGUGGUACCGAGAGAACGUUAGCCACCCCAAUCCAGAAGGUUCCUCCUGGUCUCUUGUGGAUACCCCAGGGGAAGUGGUCCAGAUCAGCUGUGGGCCCCACGACCUUAUAUGGGCCACCCUCUGGGAGGGGCAGGCUCUGGUCAGAGAAGGAAUCUGCAGGAACAACCCCAAAGGAAAUUCCUGGUCCAUAGUGGAGCCUCCUGGGUCUGAAAAUGGCAUCAUGCACGUCUCUGCGGGAGUCAGUGUGGUCUGGGCCAUCACAAAGGACCGCAAAGUGUGGUUCCGGAGGGGCGUCAACUCUCACAACCCCUGUGGCACCAGCUGGAUCGAGAUGGUCGGAGAGAUGACCAUGGUGAACGUGGGGCUGAAUGACCAGGUCUGGGGUAUCAGCUGUGAGGACCGAGCUGUAUACUUCCGGCAGGGUGUCACUCCCAGCGAGCUCAGUGGGAAGACAUGGAAGGCCAUCGUCGUGGGCCGAGAAAGUGACCGGUCACACUCUGGCAGCUCGUCCAGUCUCCUCAGUGCUGGCUGCUUCUUCGGCGAGGAGGUGAGGGGCAGUGGUACGGAAUCUGCACCCAGUGACACCGAUGCCUCCUCGGAAGUCGAGAGACAGGGCCCCGAACGGUCUCUCCCCAAAGAAUCUUUGGAUAAUUCCAGGAACCUUAAAGGAAGCUCGUCCAAGGGCCACGAGAGCACCAGGAACACUGAGGACCCCAUGGAGAACGCCUGCCUGGCUGAGGGCCAAGCAAAGGCUCCCAAGACCUCUGGCCCUGAUGAGUGCCAUGGCCCAGCCCCCACGCCAGCUGAGCUGCCCUGGACCAACAUUGACCUAAAGGAGCCUAAGAAGGCGUCUAACCAGCCAGCUGCCGGCUUUCCUGAGACUUCGGGCCUCUCCUCCCUAGGGCUGUUCCCGAUGGGCAUGGAAGAGCCCUAUGGGGCAGACGACCAUCCUCUGUGGGCCUGGGUGUCUGGAGGUGGAUGUGCGGUGGAAGCGGGCUCUGCUCUCAAGUGGUUCACUGUCCAGUCAGGCCUAUCCCCCUCAGUGCAGACGUUGUCCCUGUCCAUCACACCCGCCCAGACCGCUGCCUGGAGGAAACAGAUCUUCCAGCAGCUCACGGAGAGGACCAAGCGAGAGCUGGAGAGCUUCAGACACUAUGAACAGGCCGUAGAGCAGUCGGUGUGGGUGAAGACGGGGGCCCUGCAGUGGUGGUGCGACUGGAAGCCCCACAAGUGGGUGGACGUCCGUGUGGCCCUGGAGCAGUUCACAGGGCAUGACGGGGCUCGAGACAGCAUCCUCUUCAUCUAUUACGUGGUCCAUGAGGAAAAGAAGUACCUACACGUGUUCCUGAAUGAGGUGACCGUGCUGGUCCCCGUGCUUAAUGAAGCCAAGCACUCCUUUGCCCUCUACACCCCCGAAAGGACCAGACAGAGGUGGCCCGUACGCCUGGCUGCCACCACUGAGCAAGACAUGAAUGACUGGCUUACCCUGCUCAGCCUGUCCUGCUGCGAGAGCCGGAAGGUCCACGGACGCCCGUCCCUGCAGGCCAUCUGGUCUGUCACUUGCAAGGGUGACAUCUUUGUGAGUGAGCCCAGCCCAGACCUGGAAGCCCAUGAGCACCUGCUACCCUGCGACCAGAUGUUCUGGCGACAGAUGGGAGGCCACCUGCGGAUCAUAGAGGCCAACAGCCGAGGCGUGGUGUGGGGCAUCGGCUAUGAUCACACAGCAUGGGUGUACACAGGCGGCUAUGGCGGAGGCUGCUUCCAAGGCCUGGCCAGCAGCACCAGCAACAUUUAUACACAGUCGGACGUGAAGAGCGUCUACAUCUAUGAGAACCAGCGUUGGAACCCUGUCACGGGCUAUACCAGCAGGGGUCUGCCCACUGACCGGUACAUGUGGAGUGAUGUCACAGGGCUACAAGAAUGCACCAAGGCCGGCACAAAGCCCCCAUCCCUGCAGUGGACUUGGGUUUCUGACUGGUAUGUGGACUUCAGUGUCCUCGGAGGCACCGAUCAGGAAGGAUGGCAGUACGCCAGUGAUUUCCCUGCCUCUUACCACGGGUACAAAACCAUGAAGGAUUUUGUCAGGAGAAGGUGCUGGGCCAGAAAAUGCAAGCUGGUGACCAGCGGGCCGUGGCUGGAGGUGGCCCCCAUCGCCCUCAGCGAUGUGUCCAUCAUCCCCGAGAGUGCAGAUGCUAAUGGGAGAGGACACAAUAUCGCACUGUGGGCCGUCAGUGACAAGGGGGACGUCCUGUGCCGCCUGGGUGUGUCUGAACUCAACCCUGCGGGCUCCUCCUGGCUGCAUGUGGGCACUGACCAGCCCUUUGCCUCUGUCUCUAUCGGAGCCUGCUAUCAGGUGUGGGCUGUGGCCAGGGAUGGCUCUGCAUUCUACCGGGGCUCUGUGUCUCCUUCCCAGCCAGCUGGUGACUGCUGGUACCACAUCCCAUCUCCUCCCAAGCAGAAGCUCACACAAGUGUCUGUGGGCCAGACAUCAGUUUAUGCCUUGGAUGAAAACGGGAACCUGUGGUACCGAGCAGGGAUCACCCCCAGCUACCCGCAGGGCUCCAGCUGGGAGCACGUGUCCAACAAUGUGCGCAAAGUGUCUGUGGGGCCACUGGACCAGGUCUGGGUGAUUGCCAACAAAGUCCAGGGGAGCCAUGGCCUGAGCCGGGGAACAGUGUGUCGUCGCAUGGGUGUCCAGCCUCGGGAGCCCAAGGGACAGGGCUGGGACUAUGGCAUUGGUGGAGGCUGGGACCACAUCUCUGUCCGGGCCAAUGCCACCAGGGCACCGAGGAACAUGUCCAGGGAUCAGGAGGCCCAUGGCCCAGGUCCUGUUUGCUGCUGAGGCCACUCCUCACCUGGAGGCAAGGACGGUUUGAGCCUGAAGGACCAGAACUGAGCCUUUCUUGUGCAGUAUGGGAGGGCAUCACCCAGGGCCCCACACACAGGGAGUCAGGUCAGAGUCAGCCAUUUCUGCAGCACCGGCAAGAAUGCCAGAGGAUGAAACUGUGGGGGCGCUGAGUUUGUGAGGGAUGCUGUAGGGAAGAGCCAAGAUGACAAUUCUGUGGGUCCCCUGAGCCCCGGUCUCUGCCUGCAAUACCUCCCACCUUUCCAGGCCAGGAACUCAGAGCCCUCUAGAAAUUCUGGUCCUGAGAGGCAGAGGCAGGGGAGGACCUUCCACACCUGGAGACCCCAAAUCACCUCCAGGAGAAAUAGCUCUGAGGUUCAGGUCUACAGGCCUCAGUCUGGCCAUUCCUCAGCAGGGUUUCCUGAGGGAGUUUUUGCUUCAAAAGAAGCAAAGGGCUCGAUGCCUGUAGGCCUGGCACUCAGGAGACUGAGGCAGGCGAAUGGUGAGUCUGAGACUACCCAGGACGACAUAGCAAGACAGUCACAAAAAUAAAUAUCUAGAUAAGCAAACCAGGCAUGAAGGUGCAUGUCUGUACUCCAAAGCUGAGGGCAAGGUCAGAAGUUCAAGAGCAUCCUCAGACUCCAGAGUAAAUUUGGCCAGCCUGGGCUACAUAAGACCCUGCUUCAAGAAAAAAAAAAAAACAAGAUGGAGAGAGGCUAGCCUGGGCUAUAUAAAAUCCUGCCUCAAAAAACAAGACGGGUAUCCUGUUGGUUUGGGGUUCCCUCCUGUGGUGCACUGGAAAGUAAUUUCCUUUUAGGGAAUCACGGUUAUGAACCCCAGUUUAGCCCCUCUUUUAGAUAAGGAGGCAGGGCCUCUAUGCACAGGAUUGUGUUGCAAGGUGUACAGGUCUAGGGGGGAGGCAGCUGGCACCCUGGACUUGAAGGAAGAAAUCUGUGCCCUGUGGAGAGGGUCUGGCCUGAACCCCAGGCUUUCUUGUGCUCCCUAGCUGGAGCCCCAAGAUGUGAAUGCUAGCCUGCCUGGCGUGGCCUAACUAAGCACGGCCCAUGGCAAAAGUGUGCCCCAGCAGGCGACGUCUCAUGUUUCAGACACUGCCCAUGAGUACAGAGCCAAGCCCGUCUCCACUAACUUUGAGACAGGACGGACCCCCCUGACUGGUUUGCCCUGGAAUCCUCCCUGUGUGAUGUGUUCGGGAGGGGGUAUCCCUAGAAGUUAAGAGGAAACUACUCUGGGGUCCCAUCCCAAGGACAUAGUGGUCCCUCAUCCUCCACCAGACAUACCCAUGUGCAGAGAGGCGCCAAGGGGUCUCCCUCAUGUCAGUGUUGGGAUUCCAAGGGGACAUCCGGGUUUGUCCCCAGCAACUGUGACCUGUGUGUUCUGCACAUGGUUCUCAGCUGAGGACCGGCAGUGUCACCAGGGUGAUGAAUCCUCUCUCUGAGCACCAACUGUUCACCCCCUCAGUGGCACCCAACUCUUUAGGCUCCCCAGAUGUUCUAUUUAAUAAAAAUUUAUACCACAGCAUGACUGGCGGAUUUUUAUUAGUCAUUUAUGUUAAAAAGGCGCAGGUCUCCAGGCACCUGUUCCUCAGACCAGAGCACAGUGGCCGUGAAAUCUUUUCACUUUAAGAUACAGCUGACAAUUUCAUUAGUGCUCUGAGGGGACUAGGGGGAGAAAAACCAGGUAAUUUAAGGAACGUCUUCACCGCGGUGACAGGCAAGACGCAGGCCCUGCUGUUCAUCAUGGCUUUUCCCUGACAGGUUGCACUUCAGGUUUCUCUGCUUGUGCCCAUGUGAAGUCGGUGAGAUCUGGAGGCUUAGGACAAGUCUCUCCAGGGUCUUCUUCAUAAAGGCCCUGCCUGGUCUCCACACUGGGCCUCAAUCCUAGGUGCACAGGUGGAGGGGCGGCUCCAGCCCUUCCCAGGGGCUUGAAUAAACCCAGC